CAAAGACCACAUCCACAAGCGCUGGGCCAUCAGCAAUCUACUUCUCCGUAUUUCCAUACAAGGGAAACACAAUGGUUUUUGGACUUCGUUGUUCAGGAGAACCUUGUUGGGCCAGCUGUUUUCAUGCGACCCACUUGCGUUCCUGAAGCUGAGGGAGCGGACAACGUUCCUCUCGGUACCAUCGUCGCAUUCGGCAAGAUUGCUGGAGGUUUGCUCAAGCUGCACACUAACGGUGUGUACGACCACUGCAGAAUGUCUUUCAGAGGUGUUAAGGGUGUUAUAGUGCCCAUCAAGAGUUUCGCGGGGUACGGCUCGUCCUCACUUCAAAGGGCUUUACGAUGGCUGCUGCAAGCGUCUUCCACCUCUAGUGCAAUACCUCGAUCUCGCGCUGAAGGUGCCGAAAGAGCGUCUAGUUCUUCUGCGAGAGUAUGUUUUCCGGCUUCUGCCAGCCCAUUGAGGGGUCGUCCGGCUUGGCUCAAGAAACUCCUGAGACGCCAGUGGGGCGAGGGAGUGCGAUUCACAACACUGAGGGUCGGGGCAAGGGGCACGCGCGCAGCAUUCACACGCAGGUCGGACCGGAUGCUCCUGGGAGCACACUUGCAUUCUCCAGAUGCAGGGACUCACCGGGCCGGCACUCCGAAAAUCCUAAAUGUCCGCUGCCAGGGCGACACGUAUUCGCUUCGAGAUGGAACGAGAAGAGAAUUCGGCAGAUCGGGGCAAGAGGUUGGAUGGAAUGAGGUUGAAGGGAUGGGCGCUGUGCGUGAAAGCUCUGGCGGGGAGCCGACUUGUUCGGAGAAGAAGCGCGAGCGACAGAGGAUGGUGCGAGCGGAGGUGGCGGAGGAAACCCGCCGCAUGAAGAGGAUGAAAGGACAUUCGGAGUCGGUGAUGGGCGGGGAUGGAGGUGAGGUCGGAGAACGUGCCUCGGGAAAGAGGGCGCCUGCGAUGCCAGGCGGACAAGAACAUGGAGUCGAAAAGAGGCUGUCGAAGGAAGAGGGUGGGACGACAAGUAAGAAAGCGAGGAGGCCCGACGGUUUGACCAUCCGCGAGGGACAAGCUAUGGGUGUAGGAGAUUCGGCUCAUCCAGGCGCUGCCGCCGUGAGAGAACCUUCGGAGGAAUCCAAAAGGAAACUGGCAGUCGAAGAAGACGAUGGCCAAAAGAAACCUCGGAGGAGGAAGACUGCUGAGGCGGCGAGCGGUGGCGAACGGGCUGUCGGUAGGCAGUUCGACGAAGUGGCAGCGUUCUGGCUCGAAUACGAGCGGAACGACGACGGUGAGAUCGUGGAGAAGGAGCUCCCCAUUCAACUGCUCAUCGAGCCCAGGAAGCCGGUGGCGCGUAGGCCGGAGAAAGCUGAGAGGGUUUACAAAGAUGUUUUCAAGUCCGAGGACAAGGACAAGUACUUCUAUUACCCUGUCAACGGACAACACACCGUGGUUGCUGUGAAGGAGUUGGAGGGUGAGCCAAUAUUCGACUUGUGGAAGAUGCACUCGUGGCCGGCGAGAGUUGUCUGGUUCUCCAACGAGGAAUUCGCGGGGUAUUUGCAGGCCAGUCUCAAGGAGAACACGAGACACAAGAUGUCUAAGCAGCGUGCGCAGAAGGCCGCGUUCGAGGACAUGCGGGAGGAAUGGGAGAACAAUGGAAGGCCGCUGGCCAUUCAAGGGAACCCUUCCGGCAAGGAGGCCGAGAAAACAACGUUUUUCGAAUUCCAAAAGCUGCUUUUGGGAAAGAGUCCGAACGACGCUCACUGGACGAUGGCAACCAAAUCGGCAACGCUAGUCGACAAGGACCAUGUCGCUACCAUUGGCAAUGCAUUGAGGCAGUGGAUGCCGCUCGUGACGGCCGGUGAUGAAGUUUUUCGCAAAGGGAUGGAGUUCUACGACAAAUGGACGGAGGGGAAGUUGUUGGGCGGCGACGGGAAGACGCCAUUGUCGAAGCCGCAUGCCGGACAAAUUUCCGGUCUCGCCGACAUGACCGAUUUCGAGAAACUGUCGAUCCUCGACGACAUUCUCGCACUAAGGGGAGUGUUCGUGCAAUCGGCGGGCGGGCAUCUGAAACGUCAACGUAAGCCUGGAAUUAAAGACAUGGUCGCGGCGAGGAAAGUGGACCGCAUGAUGGUCCGCAUGUUCCACUACAUCUUGUUCCUCGAAACGGAGGAGGACGAAGGGGGUGCGGUGGAGUACGUGAACACUUGCAAACGCACCCUUCCGCACGAGAAGGAGUCCCUCGACGACACCAGGAAAAUGUACGAGGAUGACAGGUUCCCGAAAUCUUUCGAAAAGUCCGUCCGUUCCAUCUUACGACGGACGGAAGAAGAAGUUCGAGACACGAUUAGGGUCAGCGGGGAUGUGAGGCACAUCAAAUGGGAGAAGCACGAGCGGGUGACCAGCCUUAUUCCUUUUUGUUGCAUGCCUUCCCAAGCUCACAGUCGUCUCACUGAGAUCCGCGAGAUUGUGCGACAUUACGUGUGCAACUUGUACGUCCUCGAUUUGUGUUAUCCCACACUCCUCACAGAGUGGCGAGAAGACGAUUUCGCUAACUUGCAAGGCGUUCUCCAAACACUGUGGCCAACGCACUGGGCACUUGUGGUCUUUUUCCCCUCUCGUUGGGAGCUCAGUUUCUUGAAAGGCAUGGCCAGGCUUAGCAUCCAUCACGUCAGGAUAGGGAAGUGGGUGCGCCAUGCACAAAGGCCGGCCACUAUCCGGGAAGGCAAUAUGCUGGUUGAGGAGUGUGAUCGCCUGUACGUGAUUUUCAAUGGCGAGAACCUGGCAGACAACACAGCCGCAGUCUUUCCGGCCAGUAGCCCGACAAAGGCUCCCCGUGCUCAUGGUCCAAGUCCGGGCAAACACGCGGUGGCGGCCCGCUCGAAAGCUGUCUGUUCGUCGGACCCAUCAGGACAGGCUGUGGCGUGUUUCAACGUGGUGGACGACGACAGGUUCCCUCGCAGCCUGUGGGAGGACGGCGGCGUGACUAGUGUUCGUGGACCUGCUUACGGGGACAUGGAGCGGAACCCGUCCCAUCUACUUGGUCUAAUCGAAAACUUUUGCAGAGAUGGGCAAACUGUUUUUUUCAUUGGGAAGGCGCAUGUGUCUGUCGUGUGGGAGCUCCUGUGCAACGGUCGAAACUUAGUCGCGUUGGAGGACAAGGCGAACAUGAUCGAUUACCUUCACGAGUUCGUGAAGACACCCGAGGCAGACCCUCGCAAUUACUGCUCUUUUGUCCAGACCACUGGCGAACGGAACUGGGAUACCAAACGUGACAUGUAUUGGAAAUUGUCGGGGAACAAAAGGACGGAGGUUUGGGACUUCCUUUUCCAACCCGGACCGCCUGCUCAGACCGACCUCGAAUAUAGUCGACGGAGAAACCUGGUGUUCGCUGUGUUGAAUGGGUACCACGAUGCACCCAGGGAGUCUGUCUCGAAUUUCCUGAGAAGGUUGGAGCACGUUUACUUCUUGAUGGUCGAACCGCUCACCCUCGAAAACUACAAGGCGCAUUUUGACGAGGAGGACCCUUUCGACGCUGAAGACAUGGAGGAGCUGAGCGACUCUGAAACCUUCGAUUUCGAGUCCAUGCCACUUCCUCGGAUGGUUGGACAGGUUGGUGAUGAAGGGGAAGGUGGUCCUCAGAGAUAUAGCACGUCCCCUGCCGGCUUGAAGCGUGUGUUUGGGCGCGAAAGAGUCGACGACCAAUCGUCUGAUGACGGGGAGGAAGAGAGAGACUAUGAUUACGAACCUUGUGACAAGCUCCCUGGGGACCAUGAUACCUGGGAGAAUGACAGACUCUUCUUCUUCGGCAAACAUCACCGGUUCACGUCGGAGGAUGUCUGGGGACACAACGUCGUCUGGCACCCGAGGAUAUUCCAACCUGCUGUGAAGAAUGGGAAGUGGGUCAUGGCAAUAAAGGAAGUCGAUGGCAAGUGGAGUGGAAUGAACAGACAGGGGGCGGGUCCAUUUAAGAAAAAGGCAAGAGGUGCUCUGGUGGAGCAUUUGAGGGUUAUGAACCCCGACAGGAGCCUGCCGGACGUCGAUGCGUAUGCAGUCCAAAAGCUAGAUGAGUUGUAGCAAUUUUUUAAGGUUUCUUCAUUUGGAGGAACCUGUCAUCUUUACUCGUAGGACUUUCGGCAGC